ACCGCGGCAACUGGGAGAAGCAAGCAGCGACGAAACGAGUGCCGAAGGCGACGGUUUUGUUUUGAACGCCAGCGCGCCGGCGUACCUUUUUCCUCGACUACGAAACGACCGCAGGGUGCCGUCGCCUGCGUAGACGGCGUCGAUUUACCUGCGUGGAAUUCAUCGGAGACUUGUGGAUCGUGGUGAAGCAAGGUUAGUUUGUGCGGGACGGAGUGAAGUACAACCAACGCGGCGGCAGCCAGGUGUUAUUGCGCUCCGAAGAGGCCUGCCUGCCUCGCUCUUUUUCUGUGGUCGGAAAUUCCGAGCCGUGGCGGCUGUGCCGACGACGUCGUCUCAUGGAAUAUCGGGCAUCAUGAUCGCCAGUCGACUGAGGAUGCCAUCCUACUUGGUCGUGUCGCUCGUCUAGGAACCGCGCUGACCUCUCGAAAGAAAGAGCCAUGGCAGCGUCGGAGACUUCCUGCAUGGACAAGACGUUGAAUGCCUCCGUCUCGGCGCCGGCCAAGCAGGACAGGUCUCGCGCCAAGAAGAGCGCGGCGCCGGCGCCUCCCCGGAGCCUCGUCGGCGGCCCGUCGUCCUCCUCCAUCGGACAGGCGCUGCGGGCGACGGGCAACGGGUCGGUGGUGAGCUGCCCGCCGGGCGCCACAGGUGCCGGCCGGGCGCUGAGCGACGACUGCGCCAUCGACGACCUGCUCGAAGGGCGCAUGGACCUGCAUCUCGCGCUGCCCGACGGACGCGAGGUGCACGUCAACGUCGAACGGAGAACGCCUGUCAUGGACCUGCUGGUCCAGGUGGCCACUGCCCACAAGAUCAAUCCUAGUGGCUAUCUAGUGCAAGCACCAAACGAGCGGGGAGACAUGCUCACGUGCAAGCCCAACACAGCCAUUGGCUCGCUUGAUGUGAGUCACCUGCUGAUCGUGCCCAAAGGGGCCCCGGCUGUGUCUGGCAAAGUUGCCGAUCCCGCAUACUGGCACAGGAAAGGCGUGAGGCCCCCUUCUAAGCCAUUCGAGCCCACACAACGCAUCCAGGUACGCCUACCCCGCCAGCAGCUUAUGGUUCUGCGGUUGCCGCUGACGACAACACUGGGGGAGCUCCGCCAGAACGUCUGCACGGAGAAGAACCUGGAUCCCCAAGGGUAUCAACUAGUACGGCCGGGCAUCCCAACUCGUCCCCUGGACCUCGGCUGUACCCUGCAAGAGUACGGAGCUUCCGAGGUUACCCUGCUUUCCAACCGCACGCUGGCAAACAACAUUCAAAACUCCACAGCAGACAUCAUGAGCUACUCUCUAAACCAGGAGAACAAGAGAGGAAGCCAAGUCUUCCCACAUCAUUCUGGCAGCAAAGGGAGCUUGACUGGUUCUAGUAGCGACGGUGCCAGCAGCAGAGGAACGUCGCCCACGCGAAGUGAGCUACCAACCGUAUUUGCUCGACCCACGAGCAAGAAGCGACCGGCGCCACCUCCGCCGCUGCCGGCAUCCCCGCCGCCUACGAUUCCUGAGCAGGAGGCCGACACCACGACGCUCCCAGUUAAAGGAGGCCGGCGCGAAGGUGCGGGCCACUCUCGUCAAAGCUCGGACUCCAGUGGUUACCAUGAGGCGUCAGUGUUGAGUGACCUGCCAGACACGCCUUCACCUGAGGCAGUGCAGGGGAGGCCUAACUGCAAUCUCAGGCAAGAAAGUCCGUCACGCACCACUGGGACGGCAGCAGCAGUGCACCGACGAAGUGCUCCAGUGGAGACUGGCACCAGGGCAGUGCGGCCUCAGAGCACCAUCUCGGAGGCCGGAACCAUAGGACACGCGAAGAAGCGCAAAGCACCUCCACCGCCUCCACUGGCACUGCACACGCCUGCUUCUACACAAUUGCCAGGAGAAGCGACUAAGCCAACCAACACACAACCUGCUGCCAACCCUGACGUGUCGGAGAGACUACUUGCAGAGCCAUCCCAGCCUUCUGUCGACGAGAAAGGUGAACAGCCGUCUUUCAGCGAGAUCAGUCUUGUGCCCCCACCGUCGCCUUUCUCGGCACCUCUGGCACGAAACCAGCAGACCAAGACGACCACUAACCAAGGCCCCACCCCCAAACCACGUCUUCUAACCAUUCCACUCUGGCAACCUGCCCCAGAAGAUGAUGGACCAGGCGAAUGCGAUGAAACAGCCCUGAAGAAGCUGGUUUAUUCUCAUAUCGAUGCCACAUUUGAUUCAAUAGAGGAUCCUGAUUCACUGGUUGCUGACAAUUCAGCGUGUGUUUCUGACAGUGCUUCUUGGGAGUACACGAUUCCCGAGCCCCCAUCUCCAUUCCGAACAAGAGCGGGUGUUGCUUCUGAGCCAAGUGCAGUGUCGCAAAACUUAACAAAAACGGAGUCUCCUCAGCCAGAGUCGCCGAAAAGUGACCUUUCAAGAGAUGACAGUGGGCUUGUCGAAGAUCUGGGUAGCAGGAACAGCACUAACAGUGUGAACAUUGAAACCCAGAAUUUCAGCGGCAGUGCAACAGAUCAAAGUGAUCUGACUUGUGAGAAGAAAAAUGCUUCCACUCCACGGACAUCUGUGACGUCCACAGUCCACGUUGAAACGGUGGUGCUUCAAGAAACGGUGCUCUGUCAGGGUUCUGUAAAGCACUUACAAAGGAGGCUGUCGAUGCAGCUGAGAAAGAACAACACUCUGAACCUGCCAAUGAAGGCAGUAGCUCAGAAACAUCGAGUUUGUCUGCCGUCACAUCGGAGGAACCUGUACCUUCUCAGUCAACCAAUACCUCGCAGAGACAGUUUGCAAAUUUACCGACUGAAGGAAGUCAAGGUGUCUACGAGAGAAUCCAACAUGCAUGCUCCGGAGAAGCAAGAUGUGCCUGAGCCAGCAUUUGAAACGAGCACCUGUAAAAUGCAAGAGGAGCCUCCAAGCUCAGUACCUGAAGAAGAGGUCUUUGUUCAAAUGGUUGUGGUCAAUCAGGCACAGAAAGGAGGUCAAACUAAAACAACUGUGCAAGCAUCUUCUCUGGAAUGCUCUAGUUUUGGUGCAUCCAAUGCUAAUGUGCCAAAAGGCACCUACACGGCUGCGGGAAAUCUUGAAGGAAAGAGUUGUGAGGCUUCACAGGCUAGCUCUUUAGAUCGACAAGAGCUUGUAAAGAUGAGCAGCUACCCAAACGCUGCAGAAAAGGCUGUUCAUCUCGAGGACAUUGUGUGGGAGGUGUCUGAUGGAACUUCGUCGGAGGUCAAGGAAACUGAGGCGUCUGCCCCCAAGGAAGAAAUCAAGUUGAGCCAAAGACAGGAUACCGAGAAAACAUCCCGACCUCGAAGUGUUGUUGGUGGUCCAAUUUCUUUCUCUAUUGGAUCAUUAGGAUCCUACAAGACUGAGGUGGUGGACGACAUUUAUAGUGGUCAUUCGAACAAGCCCAACUACGAGAGGUUCAAGAACAUCAAGGUGAUCUCGCCUAGCACUGCUAGCAGUGGAACGCAGCGUGCAGUGACAUCCAAGGUGGCAGCUGGUCCUGCAGUGGGAUCUGCAGCUUUAACGCGCCCCAACGAAAAGCAGGCGUCUGAGAAAGAAUCGACUUUUACAGUGCAAAUUGGUAGCUGGGAGAGUGACAAUCAGGGACUGAAGCAUAGCAGCAAGCAGUCGGUGUCCACGGCAGACCUCCGUCCGAGCCAGACCGUUUCUCAGGUGUCGAGGGAGGCUGGGCAGCUGCAGUUUGAAGAAGAAAAAGACGUCUUGCUGAACGAAUACGCGAGGCUUCAGGAACAGUUUGUGGCAUGGACGCAGCAACUCGAAUCAAACCAAAAUUUGCUUGAAGACAAGAAAAUAGUGCAAAGUGCUGCAGCGUCAUCUACCAUUACGGCACCGCCAGCUGUCGUGGCUUCUCAACAGUCGCAAGCAUCCAGCAGCUCUGCCAUGAAUGGCCAACACGAAGUUCGAGUUUCCACGUUGCCUCGAGUGAAACCAGUGAGGCCAUUGUCUCUAGUUGAGGAGCGCAGCCGAGCCUUCAAGCAGCCUGGUUCGUCCGAACCCACGACUGCACCCGUUGUGAGCUUCGGCACGUGGAAGGACCAGAGAGAAGAACAGAGAGUCACAGCAUCUGUAAGCAGCAGUUUGAACCGCCAAAGGGCUGUUGGUGGCUUAGAAGGUGCAGAAGAGAAGACGAGCAAAGCAAACAAAUGCGAUGCCUCUGCAAAGACAGUGGUGAAUUCAAACGUAAAGCCACAGGCGAAGCCCAAGUUAGACACGAGGAAGCCCACGGGAAUCCUGUACGCAGCGCCUGUGGUGCGUGGAUUUUCUCCAGAGGCCAUCGAGAAGCUGUCGCAAGAGGCUUCUCUUCAACAGAAGUUGCCACAAUCUCAGGAUCAGGCCACACCGCACCAGGAAUCGCCAGUGGCUGCAAGUGUGCAGCAGCUACAGUCUUUGAGGCCUUCCAGCAAGGGAAGGGUAACCGUGACCAGCCUGCACGCUAGCUCGGAAAGUUUAACAAGCAUUCAGCAAGGUAACGUCACAGACCGGCGUUCACUUCCACCAUACCUCCAAAGUGAGAUUGUUCGGUUGGCAAAAAAACCAAGUGCGACAUCAGAGCAACAUCUUCAAGCCAGCGAGAAUGCCUCUUGCAGCAACAACAAACCAAGCAUAGUGCAGGCCACACUAAAGUCUGGCAUCACUGUGGAACCUAUGGCUUCAUCUCACUCUGUCGUCAAAGUGAAUGGGCAUGCCAGUGCUGUUGAGGUCAAGCAGGCACAAAGCAUGAACCAACCAGAAUGCUCCAGUGCGGCCUCUGGGAAGCGGCCAGUGUCUGAAUGUGAUGGACCUCGUAAGGUGACCGCUGGAGGCCAGUCGAGUUCACAGAGUGUAGCCAGAAAUCCACAGGCUUCUGUGAUUGGCACCAGAGACAUCCUCAUGGAUGAAAUCCGCAACUUUGGUGGCAAGGGUUCCCUGAGAAAGGUUUCUACAGAGCCGGCCUGGCAGCUGAAUGUGUGUGGCCUGCGGUCAGCGUGAGAGGAGUCUGCGCAGUUUUCGAGUACCUUACAUCUGGUCGUAGCUUGCUUGUGCUGAGGCACUGCGGCUUCUGAGACUGUCGUAGCUAGUGUCCUUUGCACUGCAGCCUUCACCCGAGUGCCUUCAGUCACCCUAUUGUUGUGCACUGUUGCUUGAUUGCAAAUUGUUGUGUGUGCGUCUUUGAUACAUGCGGGUCCAAAUAUUCUCGUGCACAAUUGUUGGCAUUGCACCUAAUUUCAUGUCCUCUUUCAUGUCCUCCUUCGCCACCGCCUCAUGAUUCCCUUGCAGUCAGGCGUUGUUGUAGUCUUUUUGUUUACAGCUGGCACUGAGAGUUUAGUUUUUAUAUAUCGUCUUUCCUUUAUGUGUGUGCUCUCGAGAGUGGGCAUGUUCGUCUCAGCAGGGCUGAGAGUAAUUCGUGCCCCAACUUUUGUUUGUAUUUUAGCUGCCCAGAAUCUGAACGUUCGCGUUCUGCUAGUGCUUUAAACAGCGUCACGAGGCAGCAUAGUGAGGAGUCAGUGCCAUCGUUGUGAGGUCUGGGCCUCGUGCUGUUUCAGCAUUUUAUGUAAAUAGAUAUGCAUGACUAGAAGAGAUGCCUAUAUGUACGCCUUCUUUAGGGCUAACUGAAUUAGAUGCCGUGCUAUACUCAUGGCUACUUCAUUCCAGACAUUACUUGAUGCUUCAGAGACUAUGCAAUGGUGCUUCCUCGGCAUAUAGUGGUGCGCUUUUGUCCUGAGCAAUGACAGCUGAAUAAACCGCGAUGUUGUCUGAGGCCUUACGGAGAUUUAGAUGCUGCAAAGCCGUAUAGAAGCGUGUCGUUCCUCUAAGAUACAGGUAUAAUUUCCAAGCCUCCACCAAGGCUCUCUUGCAUUGUAGAAAUCAUGGUAAAUGCAUUUUCUCUGCGCAUUUGCCUGCACGGCUAGCUACCACUACUCAUCGAAUGGAGUAUGGUGAAAUCCGUCUAAGUUGUUGAAGGAAGACCACGUGGAUGCCAAGCCAAGCCACAGUGAAAACUCUUCGAUGAGCCGCUUCCGACAGAAUGGCAGCCCUGUCGGGGCUGCAUUCACUCGUGGCCCUAAAGUGAGAUUCUAUUGAGACACAAUCGUGGGCAUGUCAUAUGCGAGAUUCUUAUGUACAUAGACUAGUUUUAUAUCUCGAGCAAGGCAGCUCGCCUCUACCCUCAGAGAGCAGCCAGGUGAAGCCACCUGCUGAGGAAAAAAAGAGGCUUCAUGUUCCUUUUCUUUAUUUUAAUGCAGGGCUUGUUACUGACACCAGUAUAUUUGUAUUGCUCAAGAUACCUUUAGCCCAGAUGAUUUUACCCGAGGUAUCAUGCCGCAUGGCAUGGUGACUGUAAUAUGUUGUGAGGAAAUUCAAGAUGCGCUUUAAUAAGAUCGGCAGGUUUAGCGUCCCUUAUGCCCCAAUAGGCGUGUGAAGGACCUGAUUAGAUGACAGGCAGUCACUAAUUUUUUUUUCUGCUGGGAUGUUUUUUGGCAGUGUACAGUAUUUAUGUUUGAGAAAUCUGCUGUACAUGCGUGACAGUAUGUGCCGGUUGAUGGUUCGUUGAAGGAAUUAAAAAUGGUUAACACAAAUAGU